UAUAAUUGGGUACCUCCUUUCAUGCUUCACAGAAUCAACAUUGGGUACUGUAAAGUAGGUCCUGCCUUUGGGGUAUGGCUUCAAUCUCAAACUGAACUAGUCUUCAUCAAACUUCGGGGUACUGGGAUCUCCGAUUCUAUACCAAAGCACUGGUUCUUGAAAUUAUCUUCCAAAGUCGAAUAUUUGGAUUUAUCUUACAACCAAAUCACUGGAAACCUUCCAUUGGAAUUGAAUUUUCGGAAUACUCUAAUUUUGGAUGUGAGUAACAAUCGAAUUGAUGGGCCAUUCCCACUUUGGUCUGGUAACCACGUGAUCCGCCUUGAGCUUGAAAUGAAUUCAUUUUUCGGGCACAUUCCUUCGAAUUUGGACGAAAGGUUUCCAAAACUGGUGGCAUUGUAUCUCGCGGACAAUCGUUUGAAUGGUACUAUUCCAAGCUCCAUUUGCAACAUGCAAAACUUGCUAGUCCUUUCGCUGAGAAACAAUGAGUUAUCAGGAGAAUUUCCUCAAACAUGGAGUCUGUUGCAUGAGAUCUUGAUCAUAGAUGUUGCACACAACAAUCUAUCAGGCAAACUUCCUAGUUCGAUUGGUGUCCCGGGCGCUCUUUUCAUGUUGAAGCUGAACAACAACAACUUCGAUGGUGAAAUUCCUCUUUCCUUGCAAAAUUGCACUUCUUUGAGGAAUAUUGAUCUCGGAGAUAACAAAUUCACUGGAAAAAUACCUUCAUGGAUAGGAUCAGAGGUACCACUUGUCUCGAUCUUACGAUUGCGGUCCAAUUUUUUCAGCGGAGAAGUCCCCCAACAGUUGUGCAAUCUUGGCUACCUUCACAUCCUAGACCUUGCACACAACAACUUUUCAGGGACUAUUCCCAAGUGCUUGAAUAAACUGAGUGCUCUGACGCAUGGAAAUUUCAGUGCGUAUGAUUUAUAUGCAUAUUAUGACCAAGAAACAUCAGUGGUGAAGGUAAGACAACUCGACUAUCAGCCGCAGACUCUAAUGUUCGUCAGCAGCAUUGAUCUUUCAUCGAAUAACCUCGAAGGUGAAAUCCCUGAAGAAAUAUCCAGCCUCGCUCUACUGCGUAACUUGAACUUGUCGAUGAACCAAUUGAGAGGAAGCAUUCCAUCAAAGAUUGGGAACUUGCAGUUUCUCGAAGCUCUUGAUCUUUCGAUCAACCACCUUUCAGGAGAGAUUCCUCAAAGUAUUUCACUUCCGACGUUCUUGUCUCACUUGAACUUGUCUUAUAACAACUUGACCGGUAGAAUUCCUUCGGGCAGCCAGCUUCAGACACUCACGGAUCCAUCCAUUUACGAGGGUAACCCGUCACUGUGUGGGGUUCCUCCUUCAACCAAGUGUCCCGGAGAUGAUCACACUCCUACAAAAGACAAUGAUCAUGAAGAUGGAAAUGAUAAGUUUUGGUUCUACGUUAGCAUAGCACUCGGAUUUAUCGUAGGUUUUUGGGGUGUCUGUGGCACAUUAGUCGUCAAGAAAACAUGGAGGUAUGCUUAUUUUGGAUGGUUCGAUGCCAUUAAGGAUAAGGUACUGCUGGCAAUUGCAGUGCAAAUGGCUCGUUGUCAAAGGAAGUUUUGAUUAGAGUAGAAAUAUGAAUGUCGUUCUUGAACUCAGAAAAUUUCAAAUAACUAUAAGAUACAUGUACUGUGUGAUUUUUAUUUUUUGUUCUUGUGUUGGAAUUUACGAAUGUACUUGCACUAGAUGUUUGAUGAAUAAGUUUGGAAUAUCAAUUGCCAAUAGCC